GCAGCAGUAUCGUUUAUGAUUCCAGUCAAUUUUCCGUAACGCACGUUGCAGGACAAGGCGAAGGAUGACGAUGGCUGAUGCGCAUGACGGCGCUGUGGUGGGCGAUGCGGCGUCGCCUCCCGUGUUGAUGAUGGCGCAGACCAGCAAUGGUCAUGGGAAUGAUGUGGAAGGGAGGAGGCAGAGGAAGAAGCAGAGCCAGAAGAAGAAAAGGAAGAAGAGGAAGGAAGAAGAGGCUCCGUUGAAGGACAACCUGCUGCAAGCACAACCAUCGACACAGCCCCAUCACUUUGCAGACAGCAACAGCGACGGCGGUAACUACGGUGAUGAUGACGACGACGACGAUGAUGAUGAUGAUGAUGAUGACGAUGACGUGAUGCUGUUGGGCGACGAUGGCGACAGCAGCGACGCCGGUGAGGGCAAUGCAGAUGGCUUUGCAGCGGGUCGGAGGCGGAAAGGACGCAAGACCAAAGCAACAAAGAGAAGCACUUCAGCUGCAGCCCUGCCCGUGAAGCAAGGAUGUGUGGAGACGCUGCUGCACGUGGUGCGCAGCUGGAUUGAGUACGCCAAGAAGCCCGAGUCGCUGGUGCAGCCCAAGCUCAUGUACUUGCUGGUGUGGGGCGGCCUUGGUUCCAUGAUGCCCUUCACGCCGCUCUUCCUGCACAACCGAAAGGGGCUCACCUUCACCCAGAUUGGCACCAUCGGGCUCAUCAGCCCCAUGUCGAAGUUCCUCGGCAGCCCGCUGAUUGCCGCCCUGGCCGACCGCACGGGGAGGCACUACCGCGUGCUGGUGCUGGCGGCUGCGCUGGCCGUCUCUCUGCGCUUCUCGCUCCUCGCCAUUGAAGGCUUCGUGCCGCUCACCUUCACCAUCAUCGUGGGCGAGGCCGUGGGCGCCGGCGUGGGCCCGCUGCUGGAGAACGGCGUCUUCGCAGUCCUGCCGGACCGCACCUUGUACGGCCGACAGCGGCUGUGGGGUGCCAUAGGCUUUGGCUUCAUGGUGUUCCUCUCCGGCACCAUCAUCGACUCCACAGAGGCCUUCUUCCCCAUGUACCUGCAGCACGCCAUCCUGACAGGGCUCGGCAUCUUCCUGGCCCGGGCAAUGGUCGAGAAUGCACACAAGGGCCGCCAUGAGCUGCACUCGACCGACAGCAGUGAUGCCGCCACACCCAGCGAGAGCCAGAACGAAUACCUGGUGGGAGAGGCCCUCGGUGACGCCAGCCGUGCGAACGGUGUUGCUGAUGGCGAUGCUGGCGAUGCUGGCGCUGGAGGUAACGAUGGUAGUGGUGGUGGUGAUGGUGGUGACCGUGACAGCCACGACGAAGAGAUGCGAGUGGAGGGAGGAGCUACAGGCCAACGAAGCCAUUCGCAUGGCAGGAGCGGUAAUGUGGAUGGGGGCAACUGCCACAACGAUGAAGAAGGCCAGCCCUUCGAGACCACCAAUGGAACCACCAAAUUGUCAGCAGCAAUACUGAACACGAAGACGAACAUGGACACGAAGACGAAGACGGCAGCAUCAACAACACAAACACCAACAGCCACGAGGGGGCGGAAGCCAAAUUUCGUAGACGCGUUGCGCGUGAUUGUGCAGGACGCAAAUACGAUGAUGUUCUUCUUCAUCAUUGUCGUUGCCGGCUUUGGCGUUGGUGUCAUUGAGACGUUUCUCUUCAUCUUCAUCCAGCAGCUGGGCGGAUCAGAAACCGUUCAAGGAUUCGGCCGCUUCGUCACUUGCAUGUCGGAGGUGCCGCUAUUCUGGUUCUCUGGGUACAUCAUGAACAAGCUUGGCGUGAACGGCUGUCUCAUGCUCACCUUCGUCUGCUACGUCCUUCGAUUCACAAUCUACAGCCUGAUGCGCUCGCCCUGGCUCGUUGUUGCUUCGGAACCGCUGCACGGCGUCACAUUCGCCAUCAUGUGGGCGACAUCCACCAAGUACGCCGCAGACAUUGCACCCCCGGGCCUUGGCGCAACCAUGCAGGGCAUUCUGGGCGGGCUCCACUUUGGUCUUGGCCAGGGCCUCGGCGCGCUCAUUGGCGGUGCAAUUUACGACGUGCACGGCGCACGCUUCACAUUCCGCGUGUCUGCUGGCAUGGCGGGAGCUGCGUUUGUAUUUCUAGUUGCCUCGGAGGCGGUCAAGAAGUGCUGGCGCCAGCGCAACAGGCGCAUUGCAAAUGCAACACGCGGUGUCGUGUACUCCAAGCUCAUGGCAAGCAUGGACGACGAGGAUGACACCAUCCACCACGACAACAGCACCGGUUUCACGAGUGACAGCAGCGAAGAUGAUACAUUGGAUGCCACUGCCCCAACAGCGGCGUUUACCAUAUCCUCAUCGUCGUCGCCAUCAUCGUCCCGCUCCCUGACAUCUUCACCGCAACAACAACAAUAACAACAAUAACAACAACAGCAGCAGCAAAAAACUCUUGACACGCACCCGUGUGUGUCUGCAUCAGCGCAUUCCCUCCUCCUCACAUUUCUCAUUCACUCUCAUUUCUCAUUUCUCUCUCAUCUCUCGCGCUCUCGCACUCCAUUGCACUCAUGGGCAAGCGCUGCUUGUCUUGAGAGCUAGCACGCCGUGGCGUCUCUGCUCGGCGUUUGACUAUGGUUCUCGUAUUAUCCUUUUGCCUGGAAGGUUCCAUGUGACGUGUGCGUUGAUUCAGCAGUACACCUGUAGGUUAGGGAGACAUGGCACACGCAUACGAUGAAAUCCACA